AUGAAGCCGAUGUUCGAGGCUGCGCUGGUUUCCGGCGAGGUCGAGCCUACGGUGACUCCCGUGCCCGGCGAGGACCUCACGGACAACAUCCGGCGGCUGGCGCGAGAGAUGGGCUUCGGCGAGGUGGGCUUCACCCGGUACGACCGGCGCUACACUUUCGGCGGCAAGAAGCGCUGGGCGAAGUACGAACAUGCCAUCUGCCUUGCGAUGGAGCAGGACUAUAUCAAGACUCAGGCCGGGCCCAGCCCAGAUUCUGAUAUCGCGCGCUUUGAGACCUACGAAGUGGAGCAGGAGCUCUGUCUGAAGCUGUGCGACUACCUGAGGUCGAGAGGCUACCACGCGCAGGUUCACGAUGGCAGCGAUUGCAGUGGGCCGUACAUCCCCCUGUUCGUUGCGGCCGGACUAGGACAGCUAGGCGCGAACGGUCAACUCCUGUCGCCGCAUUUCGGCUCGCGGUCGCGGCUGAUGCUGGUAACGACCGACGCGCCACUGACCUACGACAAGCCUGUUGACUACGGCAUCCAUAAGUUCUGCCAGCAGUGCCAGAGCGGAAACAGCGACGCCCAGAUGCUGAUUUCCACUCGCAUCAGGAAGUCCCCGUGGUGGCAUCUUUCAAAGGCUGCCGGCUGCUGGGCAUAUACGACUUACAACCACAUGUACCACCCGCGCGCAUAUAUCAAACCCGAGGACGGGGGGCUCCUAAAGGAGUACAAGUAUCUGACCGAGCAUGUCAGCAUGUGGGACGUGGCGGUUGAGCGGCAGAUUCAGGUUAAGGGUCCUGAUGCCGCAGAGUUCGUGAACUACAUCAUUACGCGGGAUGUGCAUACAAUGCUGCCUACGAUGCGGGCGCGGUAUGUAAUUCUGUGCAACCAGUACGGUGGCGUCAUCAACGACCCUGUGCUGCUACGCGUGGCGGAGGAUGAGUUCUGGUUCAGCAUCUCGGACUCGGACCUGCUGUUGUGGGCGCAAGGAGUGAAUCAUGCGGGCAGGUUCAAUGUGAGCAUCAACGAGAUCGAUGUGUCGCCUGUGCAGAUACAGGGGCCGAAGUCGGUGGACUUGAUGGAGAAGAUGUUCGGUGAGCAGAUCAGAGCUAUCCCGUACUACGGGCUGCUGAGGGCGACACUGAACGGGCGCGAGGUAACGAUCUCCCGCACGGGGUUCUCCGCUGAGGUGGGGUUCGAGAUAUACCUGCACGACGCGAUGCUGUACGCGGAUGAUGUGUGGCCGCACAUCUUGGAGCAGGGCGAGGAGUUCAACCUGCGUGUCAUAGCACCGAGCCACAUCAGGCGGCUGGAGGCGGGCAUACUGUCUUACGGGCAGGACAUGGACAUCGAGAACAACCCGUAUGAGGUGCGACUGGGCUGGCAGGUGACCUGA